UGAAGUGAUUCAAAACAAAAACAAAACUGAAAUGUCAUUUUUGAAAACAAAGAAACGAAAUAAUCUACGAUUCAAUAAAAUAACUUUUGUCUAAAAAUACAACGUCUUUGUUGUUCAUUCAGUCGAUACAAAAUAGGCGACAACAAUGGGUGACGAUUUAGUCAAUGGAACGUUAAGUUUUUCCAAACAAAUGAGGAAGGCAACCAGGGACAUCCACAAAAUCAGUGAUGCUUUGGUUAAUGCGAAGAUUGCUUUCGGUUUGUCGGACAACAAGGUCUGGGCGGAUGGACUACAAUUUCGUUAUCUCGAGCGAAACACACCGGUAGAAUGGCUUCCAGUUGAAUACCAUCGAACAACUGCAUUCGAAUCUGAUUUGGCCUAUUAUUUGGGUGAAGACUGGCAAUCAACGUAUUCGAUCCGAGAGAGCGUUCACAAAUAUCUGAAUCAUUUGGAGGAAAUUAAAAACAAAAACGAAAAACUCCUAAUCGCCUACGUCUAUCAUUUGUACAUGGGACUGCUGUCUGGUGGUCAGAUUUUGCAGAAGAAACGACAACUGAUGAGUAACAUUGUUACGUCUGGUAAUAAUGGUGGAUGCGCGCUGACAAGCUUUGAAGGGUAUGCUAUUAGUGACUUGAAGAAACGAAUGCGAGGCUUGGUUGACGAUCUAGGUAACGAAUGGGAUGAGGAAAUUAAAAAUGAAAUCAUCAAGGAGAGCAGACAUGUAUUCGAAUUGAAUAACGAAAUUGUUUCGACUGUGGAAGGAGCUGGUCGAGUGGCAAUGUUUAAAAUUGGAAUUGCAGCAUUGGUGGUUGCGGUCGCGUACGUUUUCUUCCGAAUAAUUAAGUAGCAAUUGACUGGUCUGGAGUGUAGUUGAAAAAUUUAUUUGUUGAAUACAUUUUUAAGAAAUUGUCCAGGUGUUUA